AUGCAUUUUUCCAACUUUAUCCUUGCACUGAGUGCAGCAUCUUCUGUUGCUGCCAACAAAUUCUCCUAUCGAAGCCAGCACCCGCAUGCAAGGUCAUUCAAGAGAGACGUCUCUGUGAAAUCUGACGAUGCUUGGGAUCAUGUCGUCAAGGGGUCCGACCUUGCUGUGUCCGAGCAGUCAGCCACAGCCUCAUCUGUUGACAAAUCGAGUUUCCAUAUUUCCAACUUCAAGCUCCGUGCCAAAAAGCUGGAUCCAUCAAAACUUGGCAUCGACACAGUGAAGCAAUACAGCGGCUACUUGGACAACAAUGAACAGGACAAGCACCUUUUAUACUGUAAGAAACCUUCGUUAUCUGCCCUGGCAUUGUCACUAAGUUGCUCAUCUGCGUACCAGGGUUUUUCGAGUCAAGGAAAUGACCCUGCUAAUGACCCUGUGAUUCUAUGGCUCAACGGCGGCCCAGGGUGCUCUUCUCUCGUCGGCCUAUUCCAGGAGCUUGGUCCGGCCAAGAUCCUACCAGACCAAACAAUCCAGUCAAACCCCCAUUCCUGGAAUAACAAUGCGUCUGUCAUCUUCAUCGACCAGCCUGUCAAUGUUGGGUUUUCGUACAGUAAAACAAACGACACUGGUAGUACCGUGGCUGCCAGCGAUGACAUGUAUGCUCUCUUGACUCUGUUUUUCCACGAGUUUCCGGAAUACGCCAAGCAGGACUUCCACAUCGCUGGCGAGUCGUACGCCGGCCACUACAUUCCCGGCAUCGGCUCGAGGAUUCUCUCUGAAACGGACCGCAACAUCAAUUUAAAGAGUCUAUUGAUCGGAAAUGGCUUGACGGAUCCCCUCACCCAAUAUGCUUACUACCGCCCCAUGGCCUGCGGAGAUGGUGGCUAUCCCUCUGUUCUUGACUCUCAAACUUGCGAGGAAAUGGAUAGUGACCUCCCCGCUUGCCAGGAUUACAUCAAGAAGUGUUAUGAUGGAGAUGUCGAAUCAUGUCAGGAUGGUUUUAAUUAUUGCAACAGUCGAUUCAUCGACCCCUAUAGCUCCGCUGGAAACAACGUCUAUGAUAUUCGAAAGGGUUCGUCAGACGUGCCUACCGGCGCCGACAAGUGGCUCAACUCCCAGGAUGUGAUGGAAGCACUCGGUGUGGAGGUUGAAGGCUACACCCAAUGCAGCAACGAGGUCUACUCUCUGUUCGAGCAGUCGGGAGAUUGGAUGAUGCCAAUCUACCGCCGCAUUCCAGAUAUCGUUGCCAAGAUUCCCGUCCUCAUCUACGCCGGUGACGCUGACUUUAUCUGCAACUGGCUUGGCAACUUUGCUUGGGUCAAGGGACUGGACUGGACAGGAAAGGAAGCGUUCAACAGCGCCAAGGCCGCGACCCUGAGUGCUGCAAAUGGUUCGCAAUAUGGCGAAAUAACGACUGCACAGAAUCUGGCAUUUAUCAAGGUCUUCAAGGCCGGUCACAUGACACCGACUGCUCAGCCCGUGGGUUCCUUGGAUAUGGUUAACCGCUGGGUUCGUGGCGAAUGGUGGAACAAGAACUAG